AUGAAAAAAAUACAUAUUUUUGUUGUAGCGCUCCUCUUACUACUCGUAGUAAUUUAAGCAAAGAAAGAACAACAACAAUCAACUAAAAAUAAAGAAUCCUUAUAAAGCUUAAUCAAUAAAAAUCAAACAAGUAAUGUAGUAACUAUAGAAGUUACUUCUGAUAAUUAUGAAUAGCUUAAGACAUAGUCAAAGUAUCUUCUUAUUUUGUUUGCAACUGCAGAAAGGUCAUUCCAGAAAUUUUUGAUUGAUUAUCACUAGCUACAUGAAAAAUUGAAUUCUAAUGGGACAAAUGAUUUUAAGCUAGGCUAUGUUAAUCAUGAAAAUUGGCCCGAUUUUGCAAAAAUUAAUGGGGCUAAAAAAGUUCCUGGAUUGAUUCUCAUUUCAUAACAAGGGAAAUAAAAAGAUAUUUACAAAGGUAUGAAUUACAUAAAUGAUGUAUAUAGUUGGGUCAUCAAAUCUAUUAAGGCUCCUAAAACAUCAUCCCUUUUUAUUGAGAAUUUUGAAUAACUGAAAGCUAAAAUGGAUUAGUUCCAGGAAUUUGCUCUUUUCUUAGGUUCUACUCCAGAUACUCCUGAAUUCAAAACGUUUGAGUCUUUAGCAAGCAAAAAAAAGGAUUUAGUAUUGGCACACACUUUCGAUAAAGUAUGUAGAGAAGAAAAUGGUUAUAAAGAAGCAGAUGUUUAAGCUCUAAUUUUAUAUAGUCAAAAAGAGAAAGAGCUUGGUAUGUUUUACAUUAAUUAUUUCAAAGGAAACUUGCAAGAUGUCAAUUAAAUUAAAUCUUUCUUAAAGAUAUAUACUACUCCAUCAAUAUAAAUGGUUAGACCUUGGGAAACAAGCAAAAUCUAUGAAAAUGCUAAAGAAAAUUUAGUCCUAGCCAUAAAUUAAUAAAAUUAUUACGAAUCUAAUGAAUAACCUCAAGAUUUAAUGACUAAAGAAGAGUUAGCGUUUUUAGAUUUAAGACCGAAAUUAAUGAAUUAAGUUUUCUUAAACCUAUUAAAUAUCACAGAGAGAAAUAGAGAAGAAGUUGCAAAGUCUUUUAUGCUUGAUACAAACUAUACUCUGCCUUAAGUUUUCUUUAUAUAAUAAAUUGAGGGCAGAUAAAGUAAAAAAUAUGUUUUCUCAGGUGAUAAAAUUAAUGUAUAAACAAUGAUGUAAUUUAUAUAAGACAUAAAAAAAGGUAAAGUUUAGCCACUUACCUAAAAAGAAAAACCAAUUCCUAAAGAAAAACUUGAUUCUCUCCUUGUAAAGCCUGUUGUUGCUGAAAACUGGGAUGAAUAUGUCUAUAAAAAUAAUUAAUAGGAUGUUCUUGUAUUCUUUUAUAGUAUAGGCUGUUAUCAUUGCGAUUAGUUCAAACCUACUUUUUACCAUUUAGCCCAUAGACUUAAACAUAAUCCUCACCUUUUAUUAGUAAGAGUAAAUAUUGGAGAUAAUGACAUUCCUGAUGUACAUAUUAAAAGAACUCCUGAAUUUAAACUUUACAAAGCAAAUUAGAAAGACUCACCUGUUAGUUUCAUCUAUUCAACAAAGCAAUCAACUUUAAUCGAAGCUUUAAAGCAAGAAGUAACUUUCCCAUGGGUUUAGCCAUUAUCUGAAAAUGAAGUACAACUAAAAGAUAUUGUAAUAGAUGAUACUGAGCUAGAAGCAAAAUUCAAGGUUGAGUAAAAGUAAAGAGAGUUAGAAGCAGAAAAAUAAAGAAAACAAGAAGCAGAAAAAUAAAAACUUGAAGAAUCUCAAAAAGAUAACCUUGCUUAAAAUUAAUAAAAUGGAUCUGAUACUCUGUAAAACGAAUCUAAUGUAACAUAAAAUGAAUAAUAAACUGAAUAAAAGUCAGAUUUAUGA